ACCUCCUUCCUUCCAACCAGCCACCAUGCCCAAACUCUCUCUCUUUCAGACCUCUGCAACUAACCCUUUUGCCAUGUCCACCGCUUCUCCAAGCUCUAAACCAACCCUUUCUCUGCAUUCUUAUCUCUUUCCCAGCAGACCCUUUAAUACUCUGAGCUAGAACACAGCGCCUUCUCUUUCAUCCCAACGCCGCCGGCUCCUUUUGACUUAGAAUCCUUGUCAAAAUCCAGUCUUUUUCCCUCCCAAGACAGCUCUUUUGUGUUGCAGACUGAGGGCCAUUGCAUUCUUUUGGUGAUUCUUGGACCUCAGCAGAGCCCUGUGGGUUUCAAGGGAUCUUCCAACUCUAACCUCUUGUUCUUUGACUUUGGUCUCACUUUGGUCUCUGAUUUGCAGCAGAUCUUGGGAAUUCUUCGGUUUCAAGGGCACUUCUUGAUUUUCUCGAAGAACCAGUCUGUGUUUCCCCAGUUUAUAUGAAUUGGGCACCAAUUUCUGCCUCAGAAAAGCUUUAGUCUUUCAGAAGUGGCAGAUUAUCGCCGCUUUGUCUCCUCACAGCUCUAACUGAUGAGAGGAUGUAGCUUUUAGGAGCAGGGAGGCAAGGUAGUUUAGAUGUGUUUGGCAAUUUAGGGGUUAGGGCAGCGGUCUGUCAGGUUUAGGGUUUGUGUGAGGUUUGUCAUGGGUGUUUAGGUUGGGAGUUCGUUUGGUGAAGCAUGGCGGCCGGUGAUUAUUGUUUCGUGGAAUGGAAAGAACAGUUUGUUUCAAAAGAGAGGGGGAACCGUGUGGUUCAUUAUUUCUUGAAGGACAGUACAGGGGAAUCUGUUCUUGCGGUUGUGGGCACGGAGAGAAGUGUGCGCCACAUGUUCUAUGUUGUUUCAGAGGAGUUCUUGAAAGUACAUGGAGCUGAGACUUCUGUCCAUGCUGGUUUUAGAUGGAGAUCAAGGAGAGAGGUUGUGAAUUGGCUCACAUCUAUGCUAUCCAAACAGAAUAGGCAGAAUGAUCGCUCAAAAUCGCCAAAAGAUGAUCCGACCUCCAGAGUCAAUUUUGAACAAAGUGAGAUGGCAGAUGAUAAGGGUCGUCUUGCUAGGAAUUUAAAAGGACUUUCUUCUGACAUAGUAUGGUCAGGUGAACCAUGGACAUGUGGUAAACAGCUAAAGCACUACCCGGGAUUUGGCAGGAAUGGGAUUGCAAUAGCUAUACACUCAUUUGUCUUUGUGAUGGCUGAAAAAGAGAAUCGCUACCUUGCAUAUCUGGACGAUAUGUACGAGGACAGGAAGGGCCAGAAAAAGGUCAAGAUAAGAUGGUUCCACUUUAAUCGGGAAGUCAGAGGUGUUGUCUCCUUACGGAAUCCAAAUCCCAGAGAAGUUUUUAUUACGCCUUAUGCCCAAGUCAUCAGUGCAGAGUGUGUUGACGGUCCUGCAAUUGUAUUAACUAGGGCACAUUAUGAUAAAUGUGCAGCUGUUUUUCCAAGUGACUUGCUAUCAAGAGUACAUUUUUGCUAUAGACAAUUUAAGAACAACAGAGUAAAGCCUUUUGAGCUGGGUAAAUUGCGUGGCUAUUUUAAUCAGCCAAUUUUCUCGUGUUUUAGUCCUGACUUUUUCGAAGAUGAAGAGUUUGCCACAAGAGACGAAAUAAAAGUUGGAGCUAAAAGGCCAAGAAAUUAUGAAGAGGAUGAGAUGAAGACGUAUGAAAAAUCAUAUCAGAAGUUGAAAAGUAGUUUUUUUGAUAGGAGAAUGAGCUCCCACAAGCAAGUUGAAGGCCCGCUUUGGCAUAUGCUAAAUCUUAAGGCUGAUGAAAAGAUUGAAUUUCUAUGCCAAGAUAGUGGAAUGCGAGGCUGCUGGUUCAGAUGCACAGUCCUGGAAAUUUCCCGAAGACAACUAAAAAUUCGAUAUGAUGACAUAGAGGAUGAAGAUGGUUGCGGUUACCUUGAGGAGUGGGUCCCUGCAUUUAGACAAGCCAGGCCUGAUAAACUUGGAAUGAGAAAUCCUGGCCGUCCAACAAUUAGACCUGCUCGACCUUGUGAAGAUGGAGACCGUACCUUUGAGGUAGGAGUUUCAGUUGAUACUUGGUGGAGCGAUGGCUGGUGGGAAGGCGUUAUUACUGACACCAGAAACUACGGGGUUGAAGGCUAUCAAGUUUAUAUUCCCAGUGAAAAUCUGUUCUUGAGUGUAGAUAGAAAGAACAUAAGAAUUUCAAAAGACUGGGUUGGAGAUCAGUGGGUUGAUAUCGAGACACAUCCCGACAUUCUUUCAGUGAUAACUGCUAUUGCCAACCAAGAGAUAAAGAUCUCUGAGUCGUCUCCUACUUCUAAGGAAGCAAAUUGUCCUAAUUCUCCCACUUUGGAUCAAAAAGUUCCCUCGAGUGCGGGGCUAAGUGUGGACGAGAAGACCCCUGAUUCUGAAGAAGCGAAACAAACCCCAAUUGAUGGUGCCUCAAAAGACGCGGUUUCCCCCAACAAUGGAAAACCGCAAGAUGAUUUGCCAGAAACAAGACCGAGUGAUGGGAUCUCGGAAGAUUUAGGCGUGGUCAACGGUGACAAACAAGAAACCGUAGAACACGAAGAAGAGGAGUGUAAGGGUAAUGCCAUCAGCUGCAGCAACGAAGCCAACACUGCCGAGAAACCUGACAGUGACGAUAAUGUUGUUGAUAACAAUAGCACCAACAACGACACUCUUGACAAAAACGUCGAUGAAGAUAAAACAGCUGAACCCGACAAUGCUGGUCAAAGAGAAGACGAAGUGGAACCCAUGGAUGUCACGACGUCCUAGUCCUUACCCGACCUUUGGCAAUUGACAGCAGUUGUCGAGCGCAUUAUCAGGGUGGGUCGUAUUUGUAUAUAGAGAACCGGACCUGCAAAUUCCUUCCGUUUUACCUCAAUAGUUACCAGUCAUUUAGGUGUAUAGCAAUUUAUCUAGAUCUUGAUUGUUUAGGAAUAUGGAGAAGAACCCACAACUGAUCUCUCCCUCUUAUGUAACCUUAUAUUGGCAACUUGCUGUGGGUUUUUACUAGAUAGUAACAUGAACUUCACUUACAUUAGUACUGGAGUUAUUGGCUUGUUUCUGUGUUGUUGCAGUUGUCUGUAAAUUUCAGUUGCUCUGGCUUACAAAGGGAAUCUGAUGCCCAUUUUGAAGAGCACCA